AUUUUAUUUUUCGUUUGGGUUUUUAGUUUUCAAAUAACAACUAAUAAUAAUAAUAAGUAAAAUUCAGUUGUUUGUCGUUUGCAUUACAAAAACACCGCCGGAUCUGACAUUUCUUUACAGAAGACAAUCAUCGGUUAAUAAUAAUAAUCAAUGGAUUUGGAUAUAUUGAAAGCCAGCGGCGGUAAAGACGCGGCAGCAGCGGCCAAACCAUUGGUCACAUUGACCGACAUUAGCCCAAACUCGACAGUCGGCGACAUCAAGAAAGCCAUUUACCGACAGCGAAGGUCACUAUAUCCUGAACGACAAGCUCUGCGAUCGGAACCCCGAGGAAAGGCACUCAAAGAUGAUGUCCAACUGAAGACAUUGGAUCUACAAAACGGACGCAAUCUAUACAUAAAAGACUUGGGACCGCAAAUCGGUUGGUCAACAGUUUUCAUCUGCGAAUACGCCGGACCACUGUUUGCUUAUUUGUUGUCCUAUACGCGACCCGCUUGGCUAUACGGCCACAAUGCCGGACAACCGAUCAGUUAUGUCGUACAUUUGGCCGCCAUUUGUUGGUCAAUACAUUACGUGAAACGUAUACUUGAGACAUUGUUUGUCCAUCGAUUUUCUCACUCGACAAUGCCAUUGAUGAACCUAUUCAAGAACUGUUCCUACUAUUGGGGAUUCGCUUUCUAUAUCGGCUAUUAUGUCAACCAUCCUCUGUAUACCGAACCCUAUUUAGGCAAACUUCAAGUCUACUCAUCCCUUAUCGGUUUCCUACUGUUCGAGUUCGGCAAUCUAUCCAUACAUUUGGCACUCCGUGAUCUGCGACCGGCCGGCAGUACCGAACGUCGCAUACCGAUGCCCACCGCCAACCCGUUCACCAUUUUGUUUCAGUACGUUUCGUGUCCGAACUACGCGUACGAAUGGUAUUCGUGGGCCGCUUUUAGCGUAAUGACUCAAUGCUUGCCGGCGGCCAUGUUUACCGCUGCCGGUUUCAUACAGAUGGCCAUCUGGGCACUGGCCAAACAUCGCAAUUACAAGAAAGAGUUUCCCAAUUAUCCCCGCAAUCGCAAAGCAAUUGUUCCGUUUAUUCUUUAAGAGAUUUGAUUGUAUUGAAGGGGAAAAAAGUCAUAUCAUUUGAUAGAUUUUGAGUCUUAUUUUAUUAUUAUUAUUAUUAUCUCUCUCUCUCUCUCUCUCUCUCUCUCCCAAUGAUU